AUGGGUCCUGCUCCAGCUGAAAUUAGAAGAAAGUUGGUCAUUGUUGGUGAUGGUGCCUGUGGUAAAACCUGUUUAUUGAUUGUUUUCUCAAGAGGUACUUUCCCUGGUGUUUAUGUCCCAACUGUUUUUGAAAAUUACGUUGCAGAUGUUGAAGUUGAUGGAAGAGUGGUUGAAUUGGCAUUGUGGGAUACUGCCGGUCAAGAAGAUUACGAUAGAUUAAGACCUUUAUCUUACCCAGAUUCUCACGUUGUGUUGAUUUGUUUCUCUGUCGACUCCCCUGAUUCCUUAGAAAAUGUUUUGGAAAAGUGGCACUCAGAAGUAUUGCACUUUUGUCAAUCUACCCCAUUGAUUUUGGUUGGAUGUAAGGUUGAUUUGAGAAACGACCCUGAAACCAUAGAAAGAUUGAGAAAAGAUCAAUUACAACCUGUUUCAACUGCUGAUGGACAAGCGGUUGCUCAAAAGAUUGGCGCUGUUAACUACUUCGAAUGUUCUGCUAAAACUAACCAAGGUGUUAGAGAAGUUUUUGAAGCUGCCACUAGAGCCUCUUUGAUGGGUAAAUCUAAGCAAAGGAAGGAAGGUAAGUCUUCAAAGAAGUGUACCAUUUUGUAA